AUGUCGGCAUCUGAUUGCAGUCUAUCGAAUUCGACCAUGCGGUAUGGAUAUCUCACGCCAUGCUCAUCUCCCUCAGAACAAAUCGAAGAUCCGAUCUCAAGUCAAAAAUCAUCCCCGACCAUCAGGAAGAUAGACUCAUUACAGUAUUGCAACAAGGAUGAUUUGGUGUCCGACAUAUGCCAAAGUCUCAGAAUAUCUGGAGGUUGCAUAAUCAAGAACUUGGUUGACAAGGGGAUCCUGGAAUCUCUUGAAGCUGAAAUCCGGCCAUACCUGAACAGAGUUGAGAAGGCCGAUGCGCAACGUGAAGAAUUUGUCCCCUCUUCCACGAGAAUGGUGACCGGGUUAUUGAGCAAGUCGAAGACAUAUGCACUCAAUAUUGCUGGGAAUUCGAUAUGGCAGAAGGUUGGUGAAAAUUUCUUGACGACCACCAUGCGGAAUUAUUGGCAUGGAGACAAAGCUCGCACCUCAACAUCAUUACCUCAACUAAGUACCACAGUGACCUUCUCUGUUCGACCUGGAACAAAGGCUCAAUCGCUGCAUCGGGAUGAUGAUAUCUAUCACACAUAUCAUCCUGCUGCAAGAGAACACCAUAAUGGAAGAGACACAAUGGUAUGCCUCUUCGUAGCAGGAACCAAGACGAGAAAAGAAAAUGGAGCAACGCGGAUAAUACCUGGGAGCCACCUGUGGGAUUAUUCUCAACCACCUCCAUCAAGUGAUGAUGCAUCGAUCGAAUGCGCAGAACUCGAUCCUGGUGAUGCAUUUAUGAUGCUUGGUGGUUGCUUUCACGGUGCUGGAGCAAACACUACACCUGAUGAGGAACGAUUGGUAUAUGCGGCUUUCUCAACGCGAGGUUACUUAAGACAAGAAGAGAACCAAUAUCUGGCCAAUGAUGUUGAGAAGAUCAAAGAACUUCCAAUCUCGAUUCAAAGAUAUGCUGGGUAUGGCGUUAGUAAACCUUUUAUGGGAUGGGUCGAUAUGGAAGACCCGGUGCGGACAAUGAAUCCUGGUGCAACUGAUGAGCUGGAUGAUGACUUUUGGUAG